GGAGAACAUUGGGAAGAGGGGGCAGACCGAGAAGAAACAAACAAGUGACAAUAUAACUUACAUGCAGUCACACACCCCUUUUUUCUUGUAACAAUGUGUACGUUUUUAAGGAGGGAGGGGGCGCGUAGAGGGAGAGAGACAGAGAGAGAGCGAGAUAGAGAAAGAGGGAGGGGGUGCGUUCUGAAAUAAUAUAGUCAGCCAUUUUUUAUGUAAGGGGAUUUUUUUUUCUUAUUGGGGGGGUUGUUAAAAAAUAAAUAUAAGAGGGCGGCCAUCUUUGUUGCUCUGCCUUAGUGUAAAAUAUUCCUAAAACGCCCCCCUACUUUUCUCCCGUGCCGAUUUGAAUAUCAAAUAAAUAACACUCCAUCCGCUGCAAGAAUUACAGCUUCGUUGUUUUUGUUUUAUUUAUUUUUUUUAAACACUGAACACAAGGACGGAGCCGCCAAUGACAGCAGGAAUAUAAUAAUGUCCUCUCCUCUCCGCUCCUGCGAGGAAGACGAGGGCAUGGUGGUUAAUUCCGAGGGAGGAGAUUUUGAUGAAGACGACGAGGACGACGGGGAGCUGGACGAGAACGCAAGCGACAUAAACUCGCCGGCGGCGCCUCUGGAAACUGCAACACCACCAGCCGCGCCAGACGACGACCCAGAGAUAUCAGACAGGGAGGUCCCGUGCAAGAAGAAAGGCCGGCCCAAGAAAAAGAAGGACACAAAGAAGAAAGAGAAAGAGAGAAAACCGGUCAAAACAAAGAAACGCAAGAAGAUCGACAGCGAUGUAGAGCGAAACUCAGACAGAGAAAGAGACUAUGGUGAGAACUCGGACAGUGUGGUCAGUGACUAUGGCUCUGGUGAGAAAAAGAAAAAGAAGAAACACAAAGAAAGGAAGGAGAAGAAAACCAGGAAAAAAAAAAAGGACGACGGGGACCGAGACAGUAGCCAGGAGGAAACAACAAAGCAACCGAUAGAGCAGAAGACGUCUGCCCAGCUGGCAAAGGAGUGGGGCCUGGAGGAUGUUGAUCAUACCUUCACAGAGGACGACUACAGGGAGCUGACAAACUAUAAAGCCUUCAGCCAGUUUAUGAGGCCAAUGAUAGCCAAGAAGAACCCGAAGAUCCCCAUGUCAAAGAUGAUGACCAUCCUGGGGGCAAAGUGGAGGGAGUUCAGCUCCAACAACCCUUUUAAAGGCAAUGCCGCUGCCGUCGCAGCGGCCGCUGCCGCCGCCGCCAUCGCUGUAGCCGAGCAGGUCUCUGCAGCGACCGCCUCCCCUGAGCUACCACCUCAGCCUCCGCCCAUUAGAAAGGCCAAGACGAAAGAGGGCAAAGGUCCAGGAUAUAAAAAGCGCAGUAAAAGUCCUCGAGUGCCUGACAAGAAGAAAGCCAUAGCUAAGGCUAAAAAGAUGGCCCCCAUCCGUAUUAAGCUAUUACCUAUAGCUGGGAAGAGGAAGAAGAGCUGCUCUAGCGAUGACAUGGAUGAGGAUGAGUCUGAGCAGGAGGACUCCAGCGUUCACAGCUCCUCCGUUCGCUCCGACAGCUCCGGCCGAGUGAAAAAGAACAAGCGGGGACGCCCGGCCAAGAAGAAGAAGAAAAUUCCAGGUGAGGAGGAAGGUGACGGCUAUGAGACGGAUCACCAGGACUACUGUGAGGUGUGUCAGCAGGGCGGAGAGAUCAUCCUGUGUGACACCUGUCCUCGAGCGUAUCACCUCGUGUGCCUCGAGCCUGAACUGGAUAAGGCUCCCGAGGGCAAGUGGAGCUGCCCGCAUUGUGAAAAAGAGGGAAUCCAGUGGGAGGCAAAAGAUGAGGACUUUGAGGAUUUUGAGGAGGACAGCGAAGACAGAGUGAUAUCAGAGGUCAGCAUAGGGGUCCCCGCCGGCGCAGAGGAGGAAGAGGAUGACCACAUGGAAUUCUGUCGGGUGUGUAAGGACGGCGGCGAACUGUUGUGCUGCGACACAUGCACAUCCUCCUACCACAUUCACUGUCUGAACCCUCCACUGCCGGAGAUCCCCAACGGGGAGUGGCUUUGUCCACGAUGCAUGUGCCCGCCAAUCAAAGGAAGGGUCCAGAAGAUCCUCCACUGGAGAUGGGGCGACCCGCCUCCUCCCAUUCCUGUCCCGCUGCCUCCCGACGCUCCUCCUGAUGCACCUCCACCACCGCCCAUGAAGGGCAGAGCAGAAAGGGAGUUUUUUGUGAAGCUAACCAACCAAUCGUACUGGCACUGCACCUGGAUCACCGAGCUGCAGCUGGAGAUCUUCCACUCAGUGAUGUACAGAAACUACCAGAGGAAGACAGACAUGGACGAGCCCCCCAGCCUGGAUUACGGCUCAGGCGCAGAGGACGAGAAUGGAGUGGGUAAGAGCGAGAAGAGACGGGCAAAAGAUCCCCAGUAUGCCCUGCUGGAGGAAAAAUACUACAAAUACGGCAUAAAGUCCGAGUGGAUGAUGAUUCAUCGCAUCAUAAACCACAGUGUGGAUAAAAAGGGGAUGUACCACUACCUUGUAAAGUGGAAAGAUCUGACCUACGACCAGUGUACCUGGGAGAGAGAUGACAUGGAUGUACCUGACUUUGAACUCCACAAGGCCAACUACUGGAGACACAGGGACAACAUCAUGAAAGAAGACCCUGACAAACCCAGGAAGAUGGCAAGCAGCGAGGAAGAUGGUGAAGAGGAGUCUCCUCCCUCUCCACUCACAGAUCCAACAAUAAAAUAUGAGGAGCAGCCCGACUUUGUCACAGCGACAGGCGGCACCUUGCACCUCUACCAGCUGGAGGGACUCAACUGGCUGCGGUUCUCCUGGGCUCAGGGCACCGACACCAUCCUGGCAGAUGAAAUGGGCCUGGGCAAAACCAUCCAGACAAUCGUCUUUCUCUAUUCCCUGUUCAAAGAGGGCCACACUAAGGGUCCUUUCCUGGUUAGUGCGCCCCUCUCCACCAUUAUAAACUGGGAGAGGGAGUUUGAGAUGUGGGCGCCCGAUUUUUACGUGUUGACGUACACAGGAGACAAAGACAGCCGAGCUAUCAUCAGGGAGAAUGAGUUCACAUUCGAUGACUCUAUCAAAGGAGGAAAGAAGACCUUCAAACUGAGGCGCGAGGCUCCGAUUAAAUUUCAUGUCCUUCUGACCUCCUAUGAGUUGGUGACCAUCGAUCAGACGGCGCUCAAGUCCAUCUACUGGGCGUGUCUGGUGGUGGAUGAGGCUCACCGCCUUAAGAACAACCAGUCCAAGUUUUUUAGGCGUCUAAACGACUACAAAAUCGACUAUAAGUUGCUGCUGACAGGAACUCCUCUACAGAACAACCUCGAGGAGUUGUUUCACCUGCUCAACUUCCUCACGCCCAAUCGUUUUAACAACCUUGAGGGCUUCCUGGAAGAGUUCGCCGACAUCUCCAAAGAGGACCAGAUCAAGAAGCUCCACGACCUCCUGGGGCCUCACAUGCUGCGGAGGCUCAAGGCCGACGUCUUCAAGAACAUGCCCGCUAAGACUGAGCUGAUUGUCAGAGUGGAGCUGAGCCCCAUGCAGAAGAAGUACUACAAGCUGAUUCUGACCAAGAACUUCGAGGCUUUGAACUCGAAAGGUGGAGGAAACCAGGUGUCUCUGCUCAACAUCAUGAUGGACCUGAAGAAGUGCUGCAACCACCCGUACCUCUUCCCUGUCGCCUCCAUGGAAGCCCAGAAAACACCCAGUGGAGCGUAUGAAGGAUCGGCCCUCACAAAGGCCUCUGGGAAACUGAUGCUGCUGCAGAAGAUGUUGAGAAAGCUGAAAGAACAGGGGCACCGUGUGCUGGUCUUCUCUCAGAUGACUAAAAUGCUGGAUUUAUUAGAAGAUUUUCUGGACUAUGAGGGUUACAAGUAUGAGAGAAUUGAUGGAGGCAUCACAGGCGCACUGAGACAGGAGGCCAUCGACAGAUUCAACGCUCCUGGAGCUUGUCAGUUUUGCUUCUUGCUCUCCACCAGAGCGGGAGGUUUGGGCAUAAACCUGGCCACGGCCGACACCGUCAUCAUCUUUGACUCUGACUGGAACCCUCACAAUGACAUACAGGCAUUCAGUAGAGCCCAUCGCAUCGGGCAAGCCAACAAGGUGAUGAUCUACCGUUUCGUAACGCGAGCCAGCGUGGAGGAACGCAUCACCCAGGUGGCCAAGAGGAAGAUGAUGCUGACCCACCUGGUGGUCCGGCCAGGUCUGGGAUCCAAGGCCGGCUCCAUGACGAAGCAGGAGCUGGAUGAUAUCCUCAAGUUUGGGACAGAGGAGCUCUUCAAGGAUGAAGGAGAAGGUAUGAAGAACAACUCUGGAGACAAAGUAGAGGAUGAGGGCAGCGUCAUUCACUACGACAGCACUGCCAUCGAGAGGCUGCUGGAUCGCAGCCAGGACGCCACAGAUGACACAGACGUACAGAACAUGAAUGAGUACCUGAGCUCCUUUAAGGUUGCUCAGUACAUGGUCCGAGAGGAGGACAAGAUUGAGGAGAUUGAGCGAGAGAUCAUCAAACAGGAGGAGAACGUGGACCCGGAUUACUGGGAGAAACUGCUGCGGCAUCACUACGAGCAGCAGCAGGAGGACCUGGCCAGCAAACUAGGUAAAGGGAAGAGGAACCGCAAGCCUGUGAACUACAACGACGCCGCCCAGGAAGACCAAGAGUGGCAUGCUGACAUUUCAGAUAACCAGUCCGAAUACUCCGUGGGCUCUGAGGAGGAAGAUGAGGACUUUGACGAUCGUCCAGAAGGUCGGAGGCAAUCACGUCGUCAGCUGAGGAAUGAGAAGGAUAAACCUCUGCCUCCUCUUCUGGCCAGAGUGGGAGGCAACCUUGAGGUUCUGGGUUUCAACACACGGCAGCGCAAAGCUUUCCUGAAUGCGGUGAUGCGUUGGGGUAUGCCAUCUCAGGAUGCUUUUUCAUCUCAGUGGCUUGUUAGGGACCUCAGGGGGAAAACUGAGAAGGAAUUCAAAGCUUACGUGUCUCUCUUCAUGCGCCACCUUUGCGAGCCGGUCGCUGACGGGGCCGAGACAUUCGCCGAUGGCGUCCCGAGGGAGGGCUUGUGUCGGCAGCUCGUCCUGACGCGCAUUGGCGUCAUGUCUCUCGUCAAGAAGAAGAUCCAGGAGUUUGAGCACAUCAACGGACGGUGGAGCCUUCCAGAGCUCAAACCUGAGGUGGGCAUUGACAAAUCCUCCUCUCGGGGCUCCUCUCCUGCCGCAAAGACCGCAACUCCCACACCUGACGCCAGCUUUAACAACACACCAUGCACCUCAAAGCCAGCGACUCCUGCUCCAUCAGAGAGGCUGGAAAAGAAUGGUAAGGAGGGUGAAAAGGAGGAGGAGAAGGGGGGAGCUGAGGCCUCCAUGGAAAGGGAGAAAGUGAAGGAGAAACAGAAAGAGGUGGAUGGCAACAAGUCGGGUGACUCUGAGGAGCUUUCAUCCUCAACAAAAGAAAUAUCACAGAAGGCAUCUCCAGGUCAGAAACCUGACAGCAGAGAAGAGACCAACAACAAGGAGGACAACAGGAAGGAAUCAACCGAGUCUUCAGCCGCUUCAUUGGAAGAAAAGAAACUACAAGAGGAGAGGAAGGAGGAGACAAAACACGAUGCACAAGUUACAGAAAAGAAAUCAGAGGGAGAGAAGUCUGGAGAGGACAAAGAGAAAGAAAAGCAGCAUGAAAUGCGAACCGCAGCAGAAGCAACAGAAGCCACGAAUAAAACCGAGGCAUCCGACGUUAAGAGAGAAGAGGUCAAAGGUGAAAAGGAUGCUGGAAAAGAGAUCAAAGCAGCCAAAGAGGAGACGACAAAGGGUAAUGGGAAGCCUCAGCCUGAGCGGCCGCGCUUCAUGUUCAACAUCGCAGACGGCGGCUUCACAGAGCUGCACACUCUUUGGCAGAACGAGGAGCGGGCUGCCAUCUCCUCGGGUAAGAUGAACGAGAUCUGGCAUCGUCGACACGACUUCUGGCUUCUGGCGGGAAUCGUAGUACACGGCUACGCUCGGUGGCAGGACAUCCAGAACGAUCCACCGUUCGCUAUCGUCAACGAGCCUUUUAAGUCACAGGCAAACAAAGGAAACUUCUUGGAGAUGAAGAACAAGUUUUUGGCUCGCCGUUUUAAGUUGUUGGAGCAGGCGCUGGUGAUUGAGGAGCAGUUGCGACGGGCGGCUUACUUGAACAUGACCCAGGACCCGAGCCACCCGGCCAUGGCGCUCAACGCUCGCUUCGCAGAGGUGGAGUGCCUGGCAGAGUCGCACCAGCACCUCAGCAAGGAGUCGCUGGCAGGGAACAAGCCAGCCAACGCUGUUCUGCACAAAGUGUUAAACCAGCUUGAGGAGCUGCUCAGCGACAUGAAGGCCGACGUGACCCGGCUGCCUGCCACGCUGUCCCGAGUCCCGCCCAUCGCCGCCCGCCUGCAGAUGUCCGAGAGAAGCAUCCUCAGCCGGCUCGCCAGCAAGGGCACCGAGACGCACACGCCCCCGCCCAUACCUCCAGGACCCUACGCCACCCCUCAGAACUACGGGGCGCCCUUCACCCCGGCCCCACCGAGCGCCCUGCACAUGGGAGGAGCCAACUACAGCCAGAUGCCGCCGGGAUCCUUCAUAUCAGAAGCUGCCACUGCUGCUGCUGGGGCCACCGGGGGAGCCGCUGGUGGAUCAACUACCGCCGGGGUUUUCCAGAAGACCAAGGAGCACGACGUGAUGCAGCGGCAGCGGGUGGUGGACCUCUGGAAAGAUGGCAAGUCAGAGGGAGCUAUCGGGCUGGAGCUGCGGAUGCCCAAGUCCACCGUGCACAGCAUCAUCGUCAAGUACCGGCUGAGCAACACGGUGGAGAACCUGCCGCGCAACGGCCGACCAAAAAAGCCCUGACGGAAGGAGAGGGGGACAAGUCUGGAAUGUAGCAAAACUGAAAUAAACUGGAUUAUAAAACAUGAACGAAUAAGACAAAGCUCCAAAGAAGACCUCAUAGCAAAGCACUUAGGCGCUGCUGGAAUGUGAGGUAUAUAUAAAGAUCGAAGAAAAAUCUCAAAACACAAAAACUAAAGGCUUGAAAUGGAAAAUAAAAGCAGUGGCAGCACUUUGACCCACAAAAGAAAGCAGGCAACCAACUUCUUAAAGAGUGGACCAAAGAUAAGCAGGGAGAAAUGAAGGGUGCUGCUGAAAAAAAAAGCUUAACAAAUUCUGACCGGGAUGAAAGAGGACAAAAAAGGAGGCAAUUUUAAUGCAAUCACAGGUUUUUUAGAAAAAUGCAGCAAAAAUGAUUUUUUUAGAUCUUCUCAUGCAGAUUUCCUGAGACUUCUCUUUCUGUUUUUCCCUUUGAGCCAAAAGAUUUCCCUCCGGACCCAUCCUUCAUCUGCAGGCUCAGUGAACAAGCCGGUUCCCUCAAUCUGACCCUGUACUCCCUCAUUCCUCCACAGUCCUCUCGUCCUCCUCACACACACACACACACACACACACACAUACACACCUACACACACACACACACACACACACACACACACACACACACACACAAUGUAUACCAGCACUUUGGAUCUCUCAAACAACCUGAAAACUUAGUUCAGCUUCCUGAAUGCAGAAGGAUGAAACCCAAACUCAAAAUAGAGGAAGAUAAACUGGGCCAAGUUCAUCUUGUGUAGAGUUAAGGAAAAGAAAGCAAAAGGAGCCAAGGUUGUUAAGUUUAAAGCACUUCAUCCCAUGGAUCAUCUUGUUUUAGAAUUCCUAGGCUCAAUCAAGCAUAAAUCCAGAAGCCACAGAUAUGGAAAACUGAUUUGUUGCCUUUUUAACUGAAUCAAUAGCAUUUCACCCAACCUGAAGGACCAAUGAAAUGCCUAUGAAAUAUGUACUGUAAUGCAAGUGGAACAAUAUUACUUUCUCUUGCACCUUUUUUUAAUAGGAGAUUGUCUCCUAACAGAGGAUACCACUCUGCUGAAGUAUCUACAUUUCCUGUUCUUAGACCUCAUGACAACGGAAAGGACUAUUUAUGAGCCGCUCUUCCUCAUAGACGAAGACUGCAAUCUGUCACUGAAAGAAAAAGGGAGGAUCGCUUUGAAGCUCAAAGAGACAUUUGUGUUCCUCGAGCUACUUUAUUGUAUCAGCGUGAUGGAUUCCACGCGGUGAAAAAUGUCCCUUGAUCCCAGAGAAAAUAAAACACUCCUGUCUGCAUUAUGACUUUUUCUGAACCCAGUGUGUGUGUGUGUGUAGCAAAGCUGUGUCGAACAUCUUAUCUUGAGGAGAACGGCGGUAUCCCUUAAAUCCCUUAAAACCUAAAUCAGGUGUGUGAAUGUUAUGACAACUGGGUGAUGUUUCCCUUUAGUUUUAAAGGUUGUGUGGCCUGCAAUGAGUACAUAGUCGAUGGUAUACAUUUACAUUUACAACAGUUUAAUUCUUAUAAAUGUGUGCGUUUAGGUAUGGUAAUUUAGGAAUUUUUAUAAAAUCUAGUUUGUUUUGUAUUUCUAAAUGAUGGUGCCAAGGAUUCUUUCCCAGUUUGUUUUUUUCUCUUAACACAAUUAGCCAAAGAAACUGUAUUUUCUGCACCAAUUUUAACUUAAAUGUGAAUGAGAUAAGUUUGAAAAAAACAUUAAAAGAAAGGUAAAAGGAAAUAACGCUGCACUGUAGAUCAGUGGAGUGCCAGAAACCAAGUCUGGAAUACACUGAAUAUGAAAAGAAGAAAUCAAGAUUUUUGUUAAAUUAAUUAGGCAUGCUUACAUUGACUUGUGAUAUAUCUGGCAGUUGUUGUCCUGCUACAUUAACCUGUGUUGUAUUUUAAUUUUCUCCUAACAUAUUUAGCCAGAUAAAUCUGAAUCAGGCCAAGCUGUAACUUAAAGAUUCUACAUCAUAACCAAUGUAGAAAGAGAAUAUUUCCCUUCUGGUCAAUAUUGGACCAGAAACCAGAAGUAUUGUCACUUCACAAUGCUAGCUAGAAAAUGCUGACUAAGAAAGUUAGCCAUACUACUUUUACAAUGUAAACAAUUCGUUUAGAAAAGUGAUCCCACAUCACUGUCCGGAAACAUGGAAAGUUGGAAAUGUGCAAAAAAGAGGAUAAUGUAAAUGACAUUUCUAUAUGCUAACUGGUCUUGAGCAAAUGCAUUGACAUGAUUAUAUUAUUGUUUUUUUCUCUCCUCACACUUUCAACCAUAUAAACUCGAGCAACACCAAACUGUACUUUAAACAUUAAAACAAUGUUUAAGGUUUAAAAAAAAUCAAGAAAUUCUUUUUGCACCUUCGCUCGUUAGAGCUAUUGUCUGCUGAAAAUACUAGACAAGAUUAUAAGGCAAAAAGAUGGUUAAUAGUCGUGUUUCCACAGCAGUGUUAAAGAAAAUUUGGAAACUUUCUUUUAAUCUACUUUCGUUGUAAAAAAAAAAAGGAAAAUGUGAAUUAGCUUGGUUGGCAUUACGGAGUCUGCAGUCAAUCAAUUGACUUGGAUUUUAUCAUUGUUUUCCCCAACCUAUUUAGCCAAAUAAAUAUGAACAAAGCAAAACUGUAACUUUAGGGUAAACAGAUAAAUCAUACAUCAUAACCAGCUUGAAAGGAAAGAAUAAAUAAUUACUGCUUUUUAGUUGACCAGAAACCAGAACCGCUGCUGUUAGCUAAGACGUCUUAGCAAGGAAAGUUAGCUAACAAGUUAGCCAUGUUAGCUCUAUGAGGUAAGUAAGGUCAAAAAUAGUUUCAACAAUCGCUUUCAAGUAAAAUGAGAAAAAACGUUUGAUGACAGCAAGAGACGAAAACAUAAAAUAGCCUGGCUUAUAUUAACUACUUUGGAGUUAAUAAAUCAUCAUGCAUUUUAUCAUUGUUUUUAAUUUUCUCUGAACAUAUUUAGCCAAACUUUUGCCAAAUUUCAUCAUAAAGCAGAAAAGACAAAAAGCUGUAAACACAAAUAUAUAUGAGGCAUAUUUACAUUAAUUGGUUUAGUGCCAAUAAGUUACCUGUGUUGUAGCAUCAGAGAGUGGUGGUAUAAACUACAUCUAAAUUUCUUCUUAAGUACAAAUACAAAUGAUUUUAAAAGAAAAUAUUUGGUUAGUAGUAAAGAGUAGUGAGUACUUGCCUUAGUAAUUGUAAAUACUGGGUCUGUGCAUAUUUGGAUGAUUAAAUAUAGCAACCUUAUGAUUACUAAGAUUAUUAUCUUUAUAAUAUAUUCUGGCAUAGGGCUGCACAAUAUCGCAAUAUCACUGAAUGCAGAUUGCAAAACCUGCCUAGACUGCAAUAGUUAGCUAGUUUUUUAGGUACCAUGCGUUCAGGCUCCCCAUGCCUGUACUACAUUUAUGUUGUGACAAUUGUUGUUUACUGCAUCUUAAAAACUUUUUAUUGGGGAAAGAGGUAAUUAGGGGGACAAGUCAUUAAGAAACUAUAACAAAGUAGUUUAAUUGAAAAAUAGUACACAUCAAUCAAAAGCAACUUUUCAAUUAAACCAUGUUGAGAUAAAAAUCAUAUUUUGUUUUCUAUUAGCUGGAUAGAUUCAUCAUCUCAGUUUUGUUGUGCUUGUACAGUGACAUUAAAGACAUUAUGUUCUAUCUAGGGUGCCAUGAACAAAACAAACAAAAAAUCUAUGGUUUAUGGUUUUAGUAAGACAAAGCAAUUAUUCAUUAUUUCCGCUUUCUUUCUUGUUUUCAGUGUUGAACUAUGUCACAGUUUUGAAACUUAUUUGGUGCCAUGUCCAGGACCAGUUAAAAUAAAGCACAUUGACGCGUUAACGCACACUGGCGUAUCAACAUUUAGUCCUUAAAAGAUUGUGUGCUUUUACCCUCAACUUUAAUACAUUCAAACAUAUGUAAAAACUAUUCAAGUCAAGGAUUCAUCAAAUGUUCUUUUUUCUUUUUAGUUGGAUAUUUAUUGUGAAACCAGCAAGAUAGCACUUUAAAAUUCCUGAUAGGUUGACAACUGCAAGACAUGUCUGAUUCCUGAUUAAAACUUUUACCCAGAAUGCACUCAUGCAAGGCUUUAUAGAAGCAAAUCUACAGCAUUUCCUGCCAAGAAGACAACAUUUUCUUGAUCAGAUAGUAUUCAGCAUCUACAGGGGAGAGACACCCCCAAGACUAAGGCCAGGCUUUUUUUAACAGCCGUUUUGAACUUUAAAUAAUCCAAUUAGAGCAGUUUAGAGUUUCAGGUCUUGGAGAGAUGACUAAUGGCCAUGCUUGGAGUUUAAGAGCUCUUAAGAGCUGCUCUGUUCUCUUACUUGAUGUGAGGUCUUUCUUAGGUUUGCUGCAAAAAUCACUGCCAACUUAAUUUUGGGUUAGAAAACAUUAUCCGCUGCUACUGGGAAGCUAAUGUACAGGCAGACCAUAGGAAUGUUGACCAAAAAGUGAUUGUAUGACAAUUUAAGUCACAAAGGGAAUAUUCUUUGUUUUAUGCUCCACGAUAAUGACAAAAUUGCAGUCAUUUAUGAAAACUAAUUGCUUCUAUCAAGUUCCUGUCUUGUUUUAUUACACUUCUUGUGGCUGAUUGACCUACUGCUGGGUGGAGAGAAAGGGAAAAUUAAAUCUUUGGUUCCUCUGAUCUUCAAUGCCAGCUGCAAUACUGUCAAUCAGAGCAUGUUCUUGCAUCAUCUUAAGUCUAGUUUUGGUAUUGCUGAUUGAUUGCAUUCAUACACCUUAAACAGAAUGGUUGCUAUCACUCUAAAACAAGCCUAGUGGCUCAAAUGAAUUGGGGUGUACCACAGGGAUCAAUCCUUGGUCCUCUGUUUUCCAGUUACAUGCUACCUCUUAGAUACUAUUUUUUUCUAGUGCUGACCACAAUGUUUUUAUAUCCACCAGCCAAGACAUUCAGGGGCUUUUUCUGCAAAAUAACAGGACUUCUAUUUUAACAUUUUUAUUAAUUGUAUUAUCUGUCUACAACUCUUCUGUAGAUAGACAAUCUCAAACACUUUUUGAGCAUUCUUGAUUUCUGGACAGAUCUACUGUUCUCAGUUAAGUAUUUGUUUUUUUCCGUCAUGCUCUAUAUUUGAAUUGCCUUGUUCUUUUUGUUCCACAUCUGUGCCUCUGCAGUAUUUUCUCCUGUUGUGCACCUCUUGCUUUUUUACCCAGUCUUUACCUUGAUUUUUUUCGGCCUCUUAUCAGAUUUUGUCUGCUCCAACCACAAACACACACACAUUCACACACACUCAGUUGUUUCUCUCUGUAUCCUCUCUCGGCCUCUGGUGGCAAAAUGCCAUACUUUUUCCCACAACUGCUCCCCACUGAAGUACAGACACUCGCAUACACACAGUUUCACCUUAUUUAACAUCUUCAGCUCAAUACAAACCUUAUCACGACUUUGAUCAGCAAGGGGGUGCUACGACCCAUUGACUUUUCCCAUGGUGUAAGUGAGAGCCAUCCUCCAUUGGUCGUUUCCCGCAUUUUAUUUUGAAUCAAGCUCUAAACUUGCCAUUUUGCUCCUAGAGCGCUUUCAUCAAAACUCACCAAUGUGGGAAACACAGACCCUCUGCUGGCUAGCUGUGCUGUCGUGCAGAAAGAUGUUAGUUAUCAUCCAUGUGUUUCUGUGUCCUUAUGUGCAUAAAAAAGAUGUGUUUACUCAUUGCUGGCCUCACUUUCUUCCAGUUAACAGUCAUGUAUUUCUAGGUUUUGUCCUUAUUGCCAACAUUGUACUGUAUAUAUUAUAUGAAACAUUGAUGUACUGUAAUAUGCAAGUUUUUGUAAUAAAUACUAUAACAAUGUA